AUGGCCCCUUCUCACAACAGCCACCCAUCAACUAAAGCACUGCAUGCAGACGAUAUCCUGAAUCAAGUGUCUGAUGUCGCCCCUCCAAUCCACCUCUCAACAAUCUUCAGAUACCCUGAUGAUCCAGAACAGCUUGUACCAUCCGAAGAUCCCGUCGAUGAGUUCAACGGCAAGAACUACGUCUACUCCCGCGAGUUUGCACCAAACCCAACUCGCUUCGAAGCAGUACUCUCCUCCCUUAUAGGUGGUACGGCAGUGAGCUACUCAACCGGCCUUGCUGCACUUCAUGCUGCUCUGACACUGUUGAACCCGCGUCGCAUCUCCGUCGGCGAUGGUUACCACGGUAGCCACGAGGUCAUUGCAGUGGUCUCCCGUCUAUCGGGCCUGCAGAAGUUACCACUUGAUUGCCCAGCCGACAGUCUAAAUGCAGGUGACGUCAUUCUGCUCGAGACACCAGUCAAUCCUCUCGGAACAGCGUUCAGCAUCGAGGAAUAUGCCCUCAAAGCGCACUCUCGGGGUGCAUUCCUCGUGGUCGAUAGUACAUUUGCUCCUCCUGGAUUACAAGAUCCAUUCCUUUGGGGCGCAGAUAUAGUCAUGCAUUCUGGAUCGAAGUAUUUCGGCGGGCACAGCGAUCUUCUCUGUGGUGUCCUUGCGACAAAACGCGCUGAUUGGACCAAGCAACUCUUCGAAGAUAGAUUGGCCCUUGGGAGUGUGAUGGGAAAUAUGGAAAGUUGGCUUGGAAUCCGGAGUCUGCGUACCCUGGAGGUGCGGGUUCAGCGAGCGAGCCAGAAUUCGGCCAAGUUGAUCUCGUGGCUUGAUGAUGCUAUGAAGGUUGAUUCGCCUGCGGUUGGUAGCGAGGAUGCUGUAAUCCAAUCUGUCGUGCAGAAGAUCUACCAUGCCAGUAUGCAGGUGCAGGAUGAAUCGUGGUUGGAGAAGCAGAUGCCCAAUGGCUUUGGACCUGUCUUCUCCAUCGUCUUGCAUAAAGAGGACUUUGCGAAGCUUUUUCCAAGUAAGCUGAGUUACUUCCAACACGCAACCAGUCUGGGCGGUGUCGAGUCCUUGAUCGAGUGGCGAGCUCUAUCGGAUUCGAGGGUCGAUCGUAAGUUGUUGAGAGUCAGCGUUGGACUAGAGAACUGGGAGGAUCUGAAAGAUGACUUGUUCAAGGCUUUCAGUUCACUUUUGGCUUGA